AUGGAGGAUUUCGGGGUACAUGACUGGCUCUUCGGGUCUGAAGAGGCACACCGGGAUGUCUCUGAAGUCAUGAAUCUUCGCCUUCGAUUCAACGUUCGAGCCAACAUGUCUCAGGAGCAGCCGAGGCGGGAGGAGAUGGAGGGACAGGCCAAGGUACGCUUCUCGACUUUCUUUUACCUUCCUUUUCAACACGCGCCCAUCGGGAACCCAUAUACCAUACCCCUUUCCCCCCCGCCGUCUGCUAUUCCCUCCCUUUUUCUGCUCUCCUCUCCCUUUCUGCUUUUACAGCAGGAGCAGUUUUCAACGGAGCCCACGCAGGCAGCAGCAAUUGGCGCUCCCGGCUACGCAGCAGGAGGAACAGCUGUCUCUGCACCCGGUUACGCUGGCGGCGGUUACGUGGCAACGGCAACAGGCCCAGGCUUCACCUGCACGGCCCAGGAAUUCCCCACUGCAGGGGGAGGCGCGACGGGAGUUGCUGCUGUGACUGAUACCAAGGGGAGGACGAUUUACUACUCCACUACCAUGCAGCCCAUGGGUGUGACUGGCCCGGGUGUGACUGAAACGGGUGUGACUGCUACGGGUGUGCCUGCAAUGGGUGGUGGUGGUGCUAUGGGUGGUGGUACUGCCACUGGUGUGCCAGCAGCAGCAGGUGGGAUGGGGCAGAUGGGGAAGGGGACGGAUAUGAGUGCUAUGGGGGCUGGGAUUGGGGGGGAGAGUCUGGGAACAACUGGGAUGGGGGGAGGGGGAACGGCUGGGGGGGAAGCAGGGGGGAUGGGAGGAGGGAUGGGCGCAACAGGGGGAGGGGAUACUGAGAUGAUGGGAGGAGAUGUGGGGGGGGAGAGCAUUGGCGCAAGGGGGAGUGCUGAGCCUACUGGUGGGGAGAAGAGCCCAGCUACUGGUGCUACGGCUGAGGCGGGAAUGGUGAGGGAUGCUGGGAGUGACGUGACUGCUGGGGGUCAAGUGACUUCAGCGGGUGAUAUCGCCAAGGCGAAGGAGGCUGGUGCUGCUGCUGCUGGAGGGAAGACGGGAGGGGCUGAGACCGGUGGAGAGGGAUUUAUGGGUCGGGAGUCCGAGGCCAAGGCUAUGGAAGGGGAAGGAGGAAUUGGGUCGGCCUAA